AUGCCGCCGCUUCCAGGAGAAGAGACGCUGACCACGGUGUAUGCUGACGUCCACACUUAUUUCGACGCUCCCACUCCCCGGCCGUUCCUCCAUCGCUUCGACAAGUCCUCCUACUUCUACAUCUACUACAACUCGACGCGCCAGACCAGUCGAAUCGAAGUCGCCCUCCACCCGGGCACCACCGACCAGGCUGCGUUCAAUGGCUUCGUGGACAGCGUCAAGAUUGUGAACUCUCAUACCUUCCCAACCAAAGUGACGCUUGUGGUCGACGGCAUCUCUCCAUCCAACGCUUCCCCUGCCUCCGCCCGUCCCGGCAGAGAUCCAGAUGAAUGGCGUCUGGCCAGCGCAGACCCAAGAGAUCCGGGCACGAACAAGUACCGGAUCCAUACCAUUGAUUUUUACUUUUGGGUCGAAGACGAUGCUAAAUUGGUGGUGGACAUCUUCAAGAGGCUGUUACUGCCGCACCAGCUUGACGUUGACGAGGUACCCGGGGCGCAUGAGGCAGAUGAAGUGCACCAGGAUUCAACAACAGAUCGCGACUUGGUCAGCCCUGUUGUCCAGAACUUGGAACAUGUUGCUAUAUCUGAUCCGGCCUAUCACAAGGACAGCCGUCAUGAAUCUCCCUCCUCGCCUCGAACUGAGGCCGCUCACUCGCAUUCUCCUCUCCCGCCUCAGGCGUCUCCUCAAGCACAAGCGGCGACGACUUCAUCUACCUCUCUCUCCGCCAAUGUUGGUCACCAAUCCUCGGUGAACGCUCGGGCGCCAUCGGCUGAGUAUGCCCCUCUGGCAUACAAUCCAGCCGCGCCACCCGCACCUGAACCGAUUGCCCACCGGGAGGAUACACCCCCUCCAGCCGAUGCUGUUGAUGGGACAGGUCUUGCGGCGGCGGCAAAGCACGACAGUCUCCACGCUUACCAGCCGCAUGUGCAGACAUAUGGUGGUGCCGGUGCCCUGGGACCGCCACCAGGCCCAUAUGGACAUUACGGAUCGCCUCUACCACCUUCCUUUGGACCGCAUGCAGCGACAAUUGCACCGCAGCCAGCAUCGACGUCUAUCUCACCGCAACCGUCCUUCGGUCCUCAAGCUGCCUCUUCACAUUCCACCUCACCCCGAACAUCGCUCUCCACGCAUUACGGGCUGCCCGCUACGAACACCACCAGUCCUGACGGCAGCCGACACCCUUCCAUAGCUGCCUCGGCCUACCAACCAACCGGUCAAGAUCCAAAUGCACAUAUAUUCGGGCAGUCACCCGUGCAAACCCCGGGCACGCAGUUCUACUCGUCGCUCAAUGAGCAACCACACAAACCGCUACAGCACGUGCAACCUCAGUAUCCCGACUAUUUGGCCGCGGGACAAGCCCCUGUAGGCGGGUAUUCCAGCUACCACUAUGGCCAGCUCCAACCCCAACCCCAACCAGGUGCUACGGCGGGAAAUCCCUACGACAUCCACAAUCAAGUCUACCGACCGACGGAGGACGAGCAUCAUACGCAUCAUCAUUCCAAACCGGCCAGGACUUCGAGCGCCCAACACAAGCCAUCUCAAGCAGAGAGGCUCGAAAAGGGCGUGGGCAAGUUCUUCAAGAAGAUUGAGAAGAAGAUUGGAUGA